UGGGAGUGGGCACGGCGGGGAUUUUCCUGAUUUUCACCGGGCGUCCCCCAGCCCCCGCCACCGUGUUGCCUUCGGCCUCCAUUCCGGCUGCCCUCUUCUCUCGAAAGGGAUCGGGUAUCCGGAGAGGGUCUGGGGGCGCUGCGGCCGGGCCCCCGCCCCGCCCGCAGCCCGCUCCUCCCCGCGCGGCCCCACUUGUGGCCCCGCCGGCAGGCGCGCAGGGACAGCUGCAUUUCUCGCCGCCCGCCGCUAGGAAGCUGGCCUCGCCUCGCAUUCUCCGCCUCCCGCUCCCCAGCUGCGCGGCCUCGCCGGGCCCGCCGCAGCCGCCGCCGCGGGACUGCCUCCCCUCCCCCAGCCCGCCGGCCCCACCGGCCCGCGGGGCGCGGACGCGUGUGGCGGCUGCUCGGUGCGACCUCCGUGGAGCCGGCCCCAGGAUGCUCCGUGGGUGUGGAUGACUAGCCGUCCAGCCCCCCACGGCCCAGGCCCGGAUGCCGCCGCCCCUCGAGGACCGCUCCCCGAGGGCCGCCGGUGGCCCAGCGCCUUAGUCUCCUGACCGGUCUGGUCCCCGCCUGGCCGCCCAGGGGCCGGGGGAGGCACGGGAAUAGCUUCCCGAGCCCGCCGAGUGCGCGGCGACGGCGCAGGGACCCGGGGGAAGGGGCUCGGCGCCGGCGGGCAGCACUUUCGCCCAGCGCCUCGGCAAAAUGACCAGCCUGUUCCGCCGGAGCAGCGGGGGCAGCGCCGGGGGCGGCUCCGCCGGGACGCGCGGGGCCGGGGGCAGCACGGCGGCGGCUGCCUCGCAGGAGCUCAACAACAGCCGGCCCGCCCGCCAGGUGCGCCGCCUCGAGUUCAACCAGGCCAUGGAUGACUUCAAGACCAUGUUCCCCAACAUGGAUUACGACAUCAUUGAGUGCGUCCUGCGCGCCAACAGCGGCGCAGUGGACGCCACCAUCGACCAGCUGCUGCAGAUGAACCUGGAGGGGAGUGGCGGCAGUGUCUACCAGGACAGCUCUGAUUCCGAGGACAGCAUUCCCCCAGAGAUCUUGGAAAGGACGUUGGAACCUGAUAGCUCCGAUGAAGAACCCCCGCCUGUGUACUCCCCACCAGCCUACCACAUGCACAUGUUCGACAGGCCUUACCCUCUGGCUCCCCCCACUCCACCUCCCCGCAUUGAUGUGCUGGGCUCUGCGCCCCCUUCCAGCCAGAGACGCUAUCGGAACUGGAACCCACCACUGCUGGGCAACCUCCCGGAUGACUUUCUCCGCAUCCUGCCCCAGCAGCUGGACAGCAUACAGGGCAACCCUGGGGGCUCCAAGCCCGUGAGUGGAGAGGGAGACCUGCUCCCCGUGGCUGGGCCUGGGACCCGGGACCAGGAGAGCCGCUGGAAGCAGUACUUGGAGGACGAGAGGAUCGCGCUCUUCCUGCAGAAUGAAGAGUUCAUGAAGGAGCUGCAACGCAAUCGCGACUUCCUCCUGGCUCUGGAGAGAGAUCGAUUGAAAUACGAGUCCCAGAAAUCCAAAUCCAGCAGCGUGGCUGUGGGAAAUGACUUUAACUUUCCCUCUCCUGCCCCAGGAACCAGUGACGCGAGCUCCGCUGUGUCUGAAGAUGCCUUAUUCAGGGACAAGUUGAAACACAUGGGAAAAUCCACCCGGCGGAAGCUGUUUGAACUGGCCAGGGCCUUCUCAGAGAAGACCAAGAUGAGGAAGUCAAAGAGGAAACACUUGUUGAAGCAUCAGUCGCUGGGGGCUGCUGCAUCAACGGCCAAUCUACUGGAUGACGUGGAGGGCCACACCUGUGAUGAAGACUCGGGAAGGCGACCGGAAGUGCUCAAGGUGGAGGAAACCCUACGGGAAGGACAAUAA